UGUACGUGGUCGCUCGGCGUGUUUUUUUUGGCAGUGUUUUCCGUGAUUGAAACAAUAAUGUGACUGGAGCUCAGUGCGUAAGGUUGGCAAGGAUGCCUCGUAAAACUUCGCCAAAUAUUAGUGACAGCUGCAAUGUCGUGAAUUCGAGUUUCUCGGACCGUGCGAGUCGCUAUGUCCCACUUGCCGGACUACUGGUGGUAGUUCUCCUCAUAUUCGUCCACACUGUCGUCUAUUACAGUAAAGAAAAUGGUCUUCGAACUCACAACAUCUACUCAUACUUCGAAGAGCUGGUGAAUUCGAUCGCAUCUGCAGAUCAAUUUUGGAGAGCUACUUUAUAUGGAAUUGGAAUUCUUGUCACAACAUUUAUGAUGGUUCACUACAACAGUAGAAUCCCCGGAGUUGAGCCACCACUGCCAUGGGACAGCCCUGACGGCCCUGUCAUCACUGUGUCAUAUGCAAUGUGUCCCUUGAUGGGCCUGGUGACAUUUGUGUACUGCCUUAUGCCUGACCUUUUCACCUGGACUUUGUAGUCAUAAAUCCAGUCCACAGUAUUUUGUAUAUAAAGUAGUACAAAUUUUAGGGCACCAAUGUACUUGUGUAACCGUAACUAAAUUUCAGAAGCAUAUCGUCAUACAGUGUCAUGCAUGUACCAUGCCAUCCGUUCUAACAAUCUUAGCAAAACCUGGAAAUCUGAUUGUUAUAACCAUCUGUUUUUGUAUGCAGCCAGAUUUCAUACAUCUUGAAUAUGUCAUAUAAUAGAGAAAGCCUGUUGCUAUAAUAAACUUUAGCAAUUACAAGUAGUAUCAUAAAAUGACUGCACUGUAUUGCAAUGCACUGAAAUAAUUUACUUCUGAUUUAAAAUUUAUUUGAAGCCUCGAUGCUGAGGUACAGAAGCAAGUGGAGAUAGCAGCCUGAUGAACCUUGUUUGCAAAAAAUUGCCAAGGUUCUUUAAUAUUUGUUUUAUGUAGUCAUGAAACUUUGCCAUAAUGGUAUGGGAGAGCUUCACUAAUGCUUAAAGCAGUCGUGGUGUGAUUCGAUGCCAUUCGAAGGGCAGAUGUCACCGGUAGGAGCACUCUAUUUUUGUGCAAGUUUUCAUGCAGCUAAUCAAGGUUCCUAUCGUGGUACUACAGAAAACUGUGAAAAGUGGCAUAUGUAACUGGGCCACAAGCAGCACCAUUCUUUAAUGCCGAGAUGGGGAGCAUACUGAGAUCACGCAUUUCAAUUAUGACUAACAUUGACCAUUACAUCAGCAUCAAAUUGUGAAAACAUUUAAAAACGCUUUGAAACUGCCUCUAUUAAAUGACAGUUCACAGUGUACAUAUAGUUCCAUGCAGCUGAUCACAUCUUUCUUGUAGUUCAUAGCCCUAAAUGGCGCAAAGUAUACUGUACUACCAGGGCUGCACAACUCAAAACCAGCAAGGGCUAAAACCAGCUUCUCUGGUAGCCACACAGGCUGUACGUUAGUGGGAGACGUUGCAUCUAUUGUUUGCAGAAAGACUGUCUGUUUGGUGUCAUGACACUUGUUGCUUUCCAUAGCACAUUUUUUAAUGUCGUGUUGGUUAUUGAAGAUGGAAGUCAGCUCUUGUUUAGAGUCAUCAAAGAGAGCGUAUCCACAUAGGCGUAGGUGCUUCUGGAGACAUCAGUUUCAGGACAUUGUUAGUGAUCUCUCUGUAUUUGUUUUUAGCAACAUUCCCAUAAAUUUGGAGGGGAUGCUGCUUUUGCAUGCCUUUUAGCUCCGGUGAAGAGUGCAGGUAGAUGGAGUGCAACUUGCAGUGUGUAGUCACAGUCUUCCACACACACUCAACAAAAGCAUCUGUUUGCAAGUGCUGCCAUCCACAAUCAUACAAUAAAGAAAUAUUGGAAAACCGCAUGCGCAAAUAAUGCAGUCUUGCUGUUGGCAAUUUGACAGGCACAUUUAGUGGUAGUGCAUCUUUCUUUUCUGCUCCAUCAAAAGAUCCUAUGCCCCCACACCGCACCGAAAACGGUUCAUACCGUGUAGUUGUUCUACUGAAUGUCCAUGGUGUGUAUCGUGUUUGGCAACAAACUUUUUUUUUUUAAUGUGCUCUUGCUCAGAUUGAAGAACCAGCACACCAUGGGAGUCCUAACUCGACCGCAGACCGCUAAAAAUUCACUCGUAUGUUGUGCAGCCCUUCUUUAUACAGUCUUUGACAUUAGUUGAGCUAUGCAUGUAAUGGAUGAGCAGAGCUCUUUAAAUUCAAGAUGAGUGGAAGACAGUAAAAAAUGUCAUGUUGUUUGAAUUGUGUGCAAUUGUAUGUUGAAUUGUUUGAAACCGAAUCAGUUGCUGAGGCACAGCUACCCAACAGAGGACAGUUAUUAUACCAAAUGAUGACGGAAGGUUCAUGACCAGUAAAAUGGUAUUGGAGUUAAUUGCUCUCACUUCUUUUUGAGUUGAAAGCUGUAUAAUAGAGCUGACAUACCAUUUCAGUGCAUGAAUUCCUUUGCAUUGCAUAAGAUUUGUUAUAAGGUAUUGUUUCUUUCUUUCAACCCUUUGUGUGUCAUUUUUGUAAUAAGCCUUCUAGCAUUGCUGUAAAUUCACACUUUAGUCAGUGACAACUCAAGAAUGCAGGAUAGGUUCCUCCCAAAAACCCAUGAUGCACCUGCCUUUGAUCCCUCUUCGUUUUAAGAAAUGGUUCCUUUACAAAUCCAUGAGCAUGAAGAGAAGUUGCACCAGUUGUUCAGCAAUGAUGGGCAUGCCGCAGUCAUGCACCACGCACACAAGCAGCCAAAAUUUCCCAAUGUGAGGAUGCAAAAGACAGCUUGCAGCAAAAGCGGGUCAUUUGAAUAGGCCAUUUGACUGUUCACCUGUACAAAGUGCCCCUUGCCAACACCAUCGCACUGCCGAAAAACACCACGAAUGCCCAGCUGAUCCCUUCACUGAUGUGGGUGUCACUUGCCUCUGACAAACAAAAAGCUCCCUCUUCUGGGUGAGGAGUUUCACAGGGGCGAAUUGCUUGAGGAAAGCAAAGGCAGGGACAUAGAUACUGAGGGGUCUCAAGUGCUCUACAGGACAGGAACGACAGCACAUGGUAGUGCAAACAAACAAAAGGGCAUUUAUUGUACCUUGUAUACUUUAAGCCAGCUAACUGAACCAAAUUACAUUGCGAAUGGAACACGCUGAGGAAUAGAGGGGGUUUGACUCACCAUGCAAGGAUAUCAAGUGAAUAGGUUUGCCCCAUGCUGAACACUCAUGCCAAAGUCGUCCGCGGGUGAAGUCUUACGGGGAAGGUGUUUGUGGGUCGGUCCCACGGAGUGCACCAUUGAGCAAGGUCCCGCAGCCAAAGAGGAAAGAAAAAAGUUCCUCUUUCACCCAAGUAUAUAUGCCAUCAUGUGGCACUAGCAUUGGAACACAGGCGCCAUCUCUCGUACCACUGUGCAACUACACCGACUUCUGGCAUUGCACAUGCUACAGUAUAGACUACUUAUAAUGUAACCGCUUAUAGUGCAGGACCGGAUAUAGUGCGGUCUUUUCAGACUCCCGUUAAUUUUCCCAUAGCACUCCAUGUAUACACGUACCACUUAUAGUGCAGUUGCGGGAAACGAAAUACCGGUUACAGUGCGGCUGCCUGGGAGUACGGAAGUCAGCGGAGACGGCGAACGCUCCCCUCAAACGGGCGCCUCAAUGAGUGCUCGAGGAAGAAAGACGAAGUGGAGGAGAAGGGCACGUGGUGCGAACGAACAGCCAGUGAGGCUGAAACCAGAAUCUUGAGUGUGAGUCGUGAAAUAUCAUGGCGCGCAUCGCGCCACGAAACUGCCAACGCCGGCCAACGCUCGCUUCACGAUAACGGCAGUAAACGCAACUUCAGGGAGCGGGCGGCGCCGGCACAUCACAGCGAAGAGCGCACGCGGAGACCGUGGAAUGUGAGGGAGGAGGGCGGCAGGGAAGCAGAUUUCGCCUCGGCAACUCCGCCGCUUCGGUGGCUCCCCUCGCCCUCCCUCGUAGCUCCCUCACUUUCGACUGUCACCGUGCGCGCCCGCUGCUUCAGCCGGCCCGGCGCCAGCUCCCCGAAGUUUCGUUUUCUGCCGUUAUCGGGAAGCGGGCGUUUGCCGGCGUGGGCAGUUUCGUUGGCCAGCCUGGGACAGGACAGCGCCGCUGCUUCCCUCUGCGCCGUAGCCGCAGCGUGCAAGGUCAACACGUGACUAAAAAGUAGAGGAAGCAUAAAAGAGAAAGAAGGGUUCACUACCAUUUUCUACGCGUGGCUGAGACGUCAGCACGUACACGCAUGUUCCGGCCCAACGCAGAAUCGGCGACCUUGCCAUUUGAGAGAGGGUGAAAUUUCCACCGCAUAUUUUUUUUUUCGUUCGCGCGCGACAUUGAGGGGUUUCUCUUAAGCUUUUACUCUAUGGCGGUGCCGGAGCAAUGCCGGCGUGAGGCGCCGCCGCGUGAUUUGGUUCGAAUUAACGAGAUUCGACUGUAAAUUGAAUGCAAACGUUCUAGCCGCAUUCCUCGACUGUCACAUACGCGUGACGGCUCGAUGCACAUGUUUUGCAUAUGUGCGGGCCUUGAAAAUUGUUGCUUUGGUUAUAGUGUGGAUAUUCGCGACUCCGGCGACUUACGUUAUAAGCGGUCUACACCAUAUGGGGAAGCCGGAUUCUAGGAGACGCAAGAGCCAUGCGGGGAAAACAACAUCAGGGAACGUGAGAGAGUCUAGUGUCCCCACAAUACAAAAAUGAUGAUGGAAAGAAAAAAAAGGCAAGAUGAUUUGCGGGCAUAAUUUGUACACAUCCCCUUCGAAAGGCACUUGCUGCUGCAUUCUUGAUCUGUUACUGACCAUAGCUAUACAUUGGCAUGUUUUCAUGACAGCAUGUUGUGUUUCUUAAAAGGGGCUCUUUUAUUAGCCCAUCACUGGGUUUUGAUACUCUACAAACUUUGAUCUCUUUUUGUCACACAAGAUUUACUUCUGUAUUAUUGCUGAAAAUAAAAGCCACUAUUCACCAGU